CAGUAGGACACAAAGGAAGAUAUUUAAAGGAACACAAAGUUUAAUAUUUUCAUUGACACUUUUGGAAACUGUCAAAAAUGAAUUUAAGUGAGAUUAGAAAUGACACGAAUUUAACCAAUGUAUUAUUUGAUUACGAUUCCAAAGACAUUGAUUAUCCGGGAAUUUUAAAAGUUGUUCCUUUACCUGAAAUUAUAUGGAAAGUUGCUUUAUUUGUAUUAAUAAUUUUAACUGCUGUUACGGGUAACAUACUAAUAAUAGUUGUUGUUGCGUGGAACAAACGACUUAGAACAACAACAAAUUACUACAUUGUCAAUCUUGCUGUUUCGGAUUUACUCGUUACAAUUUGGUGUUCUUGGGUGUACUUGGUAAACAAUAUAACAGAAGGGUUUGUUCUUGGAGCCUUCUUCUGUAAAUUCAACACCUUUGCUCAAGUCAGUUCACUUGUUGCCAGCAUUCUGUCAUUGACAUUAAUAGCAUGUGACAGAUUUUUUGGAGUAGUGUUUGCCAUGAAGGCACAUAUUAUUGAGAGAAAAGCUCGACAUAGUAUCAUUCUUGUAUGGCUUUUUUCCUUCGCCAUUGCUUCGCCACUUCUUGUCUUCAGAACAUUACACCAAAGACAGUGGAAAAAUCAUUUAGAACAAUGGUGUGAUGACGAAUGGCCUUUAGUUAUCAAAUAUAUAAGUUUGGAACAUGGUGUUCCAGUUUACCAUCAACCAGCAAGAAAAAUCUAUUGGACAACAUUAUCAGUGGUUUUAUUUUUGAUACCAAUUCUAGUUAUGGCCAUUGCGUACACAAGAAUCAUUAAAACUUUAUGGGCAGCAAAGACUCCAGGAGAAAGAGUGCCAAAAGAUAUAACAGUUCAAACGAGAAUGAAAAGAAAGAUUGUGUUAACCUUGGUGCUCAUCAUGAUUGUGUUUGCAGUGUGUUGGGUGCCAAUACAGGUCACCAUUUUGUACGCUGAAUACAGACCAGAAAAACAUUUGCAGCUUGAGCAAUGGUAUACACAACUUAGUUUCUUUGCGCAUGUACUUGCCUUUGCAAACAGUUCCAUAAACCCAAUGAUUUAUGCCGGUUUUAACGACAACUUCAAAAAAGGUUUUAAACAGAUGUUUGGUUUAUAUAAGAAGAGAUACACAAGCGUGUCGAGACUUGAUGACAGUUCUACUACUGUUGUUACCAGUUUAUCGAGGGGGAGAAUAUUUAAAGAAGAAUCAUCGUUCACGUUAAUUGGAAAGACACGUGAUGCUUGGAACGGGUCAGCUCAGGCAUGCAGUAAGAUGGCCAUUUACGAGGAAUUGAACAAUUUAGUGUGUAGUUCAUCGGACAAUGGCAUGUAAAACAAGAAAAGAUGAAUUAUUUCCAUAAUUUUCUUCAUUUCAAAUAUCAAGCUUGUUACAUUCCAUUUACACAAAUGUCUGGAUGAGGUCCUUUUCUGAAUUCAUUUAUUUUGUUUUGGGCAUUUUUCCGCAAUAUUGUGUUUUCAAUAUAUUUCAAAAAUCCAAUAUUGUUUUCUAUUAUUUAAUAAUUUAAUUUUGGAUAACGCGUCUUCUGAUUGGCUGACAUUAUUUUGUUUCGAGCCCGUUUACAUAAUUUAGUCAUGUGAUCGUGACGUCAUCAACGUUUUUUCAUGGUUUUCUACGAUUUAAAAUGGAAUUUAGAAUUAAAUUACAAGAAGUGACUGUAAUAUUUUUUUGUCUAUUCGAAAUAACAUCAAAAAUGUGGUGCACACUGUUAAAUAACCGGCUACGCGCGUUAUUCAGUAUGCAACACAUUUUUUAUGUUAUUUCUUCAUAGACAGAAAAAAAAUAUUACAGUCAUUCCUUAAUUGUUUUUGUCUCUUUUCCUCUGUUCUUAUUUUUAUUCUAAAGGUGAUGCACUCAAUGCUCUAUUCUGUAAACCCCAUCGAGACUCUAAUACACCUAUGCUAUCAAUUAAGCUACUUUAUGUUUUGAUUUGUAUUUUUCUGAAACCAAACAAGUCGAGUAACUGAUAAAACGCUGAGAAUAUAAAUUGAUAUUAAAGUUUGACAAUUAUUUUUCAUUGUUUGUUCCAAUUUCUUCAAUUAAGAAAUACUGUAAAUUCAGAAAUUAUUGCGAUGUUAUUAUUAUUGCGAAAAAUGCGACAGGGUUAUAAUUGCAAUAAUUUCAACUCGCAUUUUGAAAUAUUUUAUAUGAAAAGAUUUUUCUCAAUAUCGCAAAGACUUUAAUCGCAUUUGAGUCUAAAAUGACAAAAUUGCAAUAAUAAGUGCACGCAAUAAUUCCUGAAUUUACAGUACCUUAUAACUUUAUAAACGAACCAUUUUUAAGACCUCUAGAUUUCUAACGUCAGAAUAUAUUUCUAAAGUAAUUUCCAAACAUCAAAAUUUAUAUACCUCUAUAAUUUUUUAUUUUCAAUCCAUCAUAUCAAUAUUACCUCGUUCCUCAUAUGUUAUCGUUUAACAUCAUAGACUAACGCGAUAUGUUUUAAGAAACAUGUCUAUGAUUGUUAACAAUCUUAAAGUACAAGCAUGCCUUUUCUAAUGAAAAACAAAGAGUAUUCAUCAUGAUUUUAAUGGGUUCAACAUCAAAUCGUACAUAAUAAACAAUUAUUCGAAACAUACUUCUAGAAAUACAAAUUUUAAAAGCCAUUCUGUGAACAUAAACAUAUAUAUAAAUAUAUCGAUUCAUAUGAUUUAAGCAACAGUGCUACUAUAAAGAUAUUUAAUCUUUGGAAAUCAGAAGAAAUCUUUUUUUCCGUAUUCUUUUAAAACAAUAGCAGUUUAGAAAUUAAAAAAACGAAAUACACCUAACAAACAAAUUGUUUGAAGUGAGAAGAAAAUAUCAUCAUGCAAUUUUUAGGAUAUCCCCGUACUAAGUCAAAAAUAUGACAGUUGUUUUCUAUUCGGUUGAGCUUUGGAUUUUGCCAUUUGAAUACAGACUUUGUUAUUUUUUCUUUUUGGAAAGAAUAAAAGUUUCAUGACAAACUUGUUCAUGACAGAGUUAAACUACAAUAUAUCAAUCGAAAGGAAUUAUCAAUGGAUGUUACUGUAACGACUGAAAGAAAAACAAUUAUAUUAAAAAUAUAGUAUCACACGCAUGUAACUGUUUAUUGAAAUCUAAAAUAUAAAAAUCGUUGAAAUAAUAUUGUAAAAAGUAAAACAAAGUAUAAAUACCGAACUCCAAGAAAAUUCAAAACGAAAAGUCCCUUAUCAAACGAAAAAAAAUUAUAAGCUAAAACACCCCAAACGAAGAGGAAAUAUACUGUCAUAUUCCUGACUUGGUAAACGCAUUUUAUUUUGUAGAAAAUUGUGGAUUAAAACUGAUUUUAUAGCUAAACCUCUCACGUGUAUGACAGUUGCGUGGUAUUAAAUUAUAAUUCGCGAGUUGUAUAUGAAGUGUUUAAAUAUACGGUUUACUUUUUAAAUUGUUAUUUGGAUGGAGAGUUGUCUCAUGCAUUGGCACUCACACCACAUCUUCCUAUAUCUAGUUGAUAUGAUUGUAAACUCAUACUUACUUGUUGUUCGAUUCCGUUUCGUU